AUGGAGGAGACACGAGAAGAUGCAGGGCCGUCAGAACAAGGGUCAUCUAAUGUCAACGUAUCAUGGUGGCCUUCAGAUUUUGUUGAAAAAUUUGGAUCUGUUGCUUUGGAUUCUCAAGACGAGACAAUAAAUAAUAAAGAAUCUUCUAGACACUCUGACAAAGAUGUUUUGUCACCUAUGAAAGCAUCACAAAUUCUUUGGCGCACUGGAGUGCUUUCAGAACCAAUACCAAAUGGUUUUUAUUCAGUCAUUCCGGAGACAAGACUCAAAGAACUUUUUGAUAAUAUUCCUACCUUGGACGAGCUUCAUGCUUUGGGCGGAGAGGGUUAUAGAGCCGAUAUCAUUCUCGUGGAUUUAGAGAAAGAUAAAAAGCUAUCCAUGUUGAAGCAACUGAUUGUGGCAUUAGUUAAAGGAUUAAACUCAAAUCCAGCUGCAAUAAUUAAGAAGAUAGCUGGAUUGGUUUCUGAUUUUUACAAGCGACCCAGUGUGGAAAGUCCAGCAAAAGCUGCAUUUGAUGAAACCUCUCACAUUUUUGAGAAUCGAGGCAUCCAGAUGCUGGGGCAAAUAAAGCAUGGUUCAUGUCGUCCUCGAGCUAUAUUAUUUAAAGUAUUAGCGGAUACUGUAGGUCUUGAAAGCAGACUUAUGGUGGGCUUGCCAAAUGACAGGGCUGUUGAAUGUGUAGAUUCAUACAAACAUAUGUCAGUUAUAGUUGUAUUAAAUUCGGCGGAAAUGCUGGUUGACCUUAUGCGAUUUCCGGGUCAAUUGUUGCCAAAAUCAACAAAGGCAGUUUUUAUGAGUCAUAUAUCUGUGGCAGGAGAGAGUGAUUCAGCAGAAAACGAUUCAUGUGAUUCGCCGUUAGAGCCAAACAGUCCUUUAUUUGGAGUUUCAGAAAGUGCUGAGAAGGAGGAAAACCUUCAAUUCCAUAAAAGAUUUGAAGCGUCUUCAAAUGUAACAGGCCUUUCCCUGAGAAAUAUGAUGUUACGAUCAAAUAGCAAUUUGAGUUUGUCUCAUAGUGAACCCAAUAUUGCAACUGCAUUUGGUAGGCGUAGUCGGAGAAAGGUUAUUGCUGAGCAGAGGACAGCUAGUUCAAGUCCAGAACACCCAUCAUUUCGAGCACGUGCGCGGUCCAUGCUUAGUGGCGAUAAGACAGAAUUUAGAGAUUUUGCUGAUGACCAGGCUACAUCAAGAUCCAGCUAUAGAUCAGAUGGUGCAUCCUCAUCAGAAGUUCGUAGGAUACGACGAAGAAGCAUCAGCAUUACGCCAGAGAUUGGGGAUGAUAUCGUAAGGGCCGUACGGGCAAUGAGUGAAACACUUAAGCAAAAUCGUCUUAUGAGAGAGCGAGUGGAUAAUAAUUCGUUGCCCCAUUCUACAAAAAAUCUUCAGAAAAAAGUGCCAAAUUUCCAUCAUGAUGGUCAUGAUGAAAGGCCUAGCUUAUAUUCUUUUCAGCGUGACCAAGUAACAUCACAAAAGGCAAUCUCAUUACCAUCUUCACCACAUGACUAUAGAAGUCAAUCUUCUGAGAGAAGCGAGUUAUCAAGAUAUGGAGUUAAUGAUGAAACAGAGUCGACCUGGAAUAAAGUACUUGAAUCUCAAAUGUACAAUAACAAACCUUUAUUGCCAUAUGAAGGAUGGAGUAUUGACUUCUCUGAGUUAACUGUUGGAACUCGUGUAGGGAUUGGCUUCUUUGGAGAAGUCUUUCGUGGCAUAUGGAAUGGUACAGAUGUUGCAAUCAAGGUUUUUCUAGAGCAAGAUUUAACUGCCGAAAACAUGGAAGAUUUCUGUAAUGAAAUAUCUAUUCUGAGCCGACUCCGACAUCCUAAUGUUAUCUUAUUUCUUGGUGCAUGCACAAAACCUCCACGUUUAUCUAUGGUUACGGAAUAUAUGGAGAUGGGGUCAUUGUAUUACUUGAUACAUUUGAGCGGUCAGAAGAAAAAGCUCAGUUGGCGGAGACGACUAAAGAUGAUGCGUGACAUAUGCAAGGGUUUGAUGUGCAUACACCGUAUGAAGAUUGUUCACCGAGAUUUAAAAAGUGCAAACUGUCUAGUGAACAAGCAUUGGACCGUGAAAAUCUGUGAUUUUGGGCUUUCAAGAAUAAUGAUAGAAUCUCCAAUCAGAGAUUCUUCGUCAGCUGGAACUCCAGAGUGGAUGGCUCCUGAACUCAUACGAAAUGAACCAUUCAAUGAAAAAUGUGAUAUCUUUAGCCUUGGGGUGAUACUGUGGGAGCUGUACAACUUGAGCAGACCAUGGGAAGGCGUACCACCGGAGAGGGUGGUUUAUUCUGUUGCUCAUGAGGGUUCCAGAUUGGAGGUUCCUGAAGGUCCAUUAGGCAGGCUGAUUUCAGAUUGUUGGGCAGAUGCUCAUGAACGGCCGAGUUGUGAUGAGAUUCUCUCUCGUUUGGUGGACCUGGAGUACUCACCGUGUUGA